UCUGGCCGGACUGUAUCUCGGCGGACGCAGGAGAAAGGGGGGUUGAUUUUCAGUUGCUCCACUGGUUUUAGUAGACACUUGAAAACUGGCGAUUCAACCGGUUUAAAUUCAGUUAAGAUCAUAUUUCCUACUUCAGCUCGAGCACAAUGGCUGGAAACUUCUGGCAGAGUUCACACUACUUACAGUGGGUGCUGGAUAAGCAGGACCUGUUGAAAGAACGUCAGAAAGACCUGAAGUUUCUCACAGAGGAGGAGUACUGGAAGCUGCAGAUAUUUUUUGCAAAUGUGAUCCAGGCCUUAGGGGAACACUUGAAACUUAGGCAGCAGGUCAUCGCCACCGCAACUGUGUACUUUAAACGCUUUUAUGCAAGGUAUUCUUUAAAGAGUAUAGACCCGGUAUUGAUGGCACCUACCUGUGUGUUUCUAGCAUCUAAGGUUGAGGAGUUUGGAGUAGUUUCAAACACUCGCCUUAUUUCUGCUGCAACCUCUGUGUUGAAAACUCGAUUCUCCUAUGCCUUUCCUAAGGAGUUUCCAUAUAGAAUGAACCAUAUCUUGGAAUGUGAGUUCUACCUGCUGGAGCUAAUGGAUUGCUGUCUGAUUGUGUACCACCCUUAUAGACCUUUAUUGCAGUAUGUUCAGGAUAUGGGUCAGGAAGACAUGCUCCUUCCCCUGGCUUGGAGAAUAGUGAAUGAUACAUACAGGACGGACUUGUGCCUACUGUAUCCACCCUUCAUGAUAGCCCUUGCUUGUUUGCAUGUUGCGUGUGUUGUGCAGCAGAAAGAUGCCCGGCAGUGGUUUGCUGAGCUCUCUGUGGACAUGGAUAAGAUCCUGGAAAUCAUUCGAGUAAUCCUGAAGCUCUAUGAUCAGUGGAAGAAUUUUGAUGACCGGAAGGAAAUGCCUGCUGUAUUAAACAAGGUGCCCAAGCCCAAGCCCCCACCCAAUAGUGAGAAUGACCAGAGCUCCAAUGGCAAUCAAAACAGCUCAUACAGUCAGUCCUAAAGCUCCCCCUCGCAGAGCAGCUGUGACAUAACAGACCACACACAGCAAUAAUGGACUUGUCUGUGCCAUUUGAAACGGCAUGUUUUAACGACUAAGAGAUAACACAAGACCUCUGUAAUAUUUUGAACUCCCUCUGCUGUUUCCUGUAAAGCUAAUGUUUUCUUACUGUGUGGAGCUGAGAAGUUUGCUUCAGCUAGGGAGAAGUGGGACUCCUGCUAAGACUCUAAUUGUCUGCAUAGAAAUGGAUAUACUGUGUUAUAUUGUUGACUUAUGAUGGACACACACCCACCCCCACAUACACGAGACUUUCUUGAAAAAUUCUGUGAAGCAGAAGCUUUGUGGAAACAAGAAAACUUUGUGUUUGUGUGUGUGUGUUUGUGUCUGCAAUCUGGGUAUGACCUGAUUGGCCACAAGUAUGUGCAUGUUGAUCUUAUGGGACCCUUGUACAGAGUAAUCAAAUCCUGAUUGGAUACAUUUUCUUAGUUUAGUUUUUUUCUGAAGGCUGAGCAUAGGCACAGGAAUGGAUUAUUUUAUUUGUUUUAGAAGUGCUUGUCCACAACUUUUUUUUCUUUUCUCUAAAGCUUGCUUGUAAAUAUGUUUUCAAAGAAUAUAUAUAUUAAAAUAAACACUCUUAAAAUAAUUCUCUUUGAGUUUACUAUAUUUUUGCUUGCCUGUAACCAUUUUUUAUUUUGUCUUUGAUAGUUAUUGUGUUCUUUGUUUUAUUUUGAUUUGUACUUAAAGUAAACUUAAUGUAGCCCAAUGGCUGUGUAUAAUUGUGUAAAGUUUUUUUUUAUAGCCAGUAAUUUAGUUUUAGAAUUUUCUGUUUCUGUUUUCUUCUUUGAGGUAUUGCCGCUUUGGUGAGAAUGUUGUGACCUAAUGCUUGAGUGUGGCUUAGAUGAAAUCUCUUUUCUGUAAUUCUUGUAUAUCAUGUGUACCUCUGUAUACUUGUAAAUAUGUAAACAGCUUGUUCAUAGAGUAUGAGGUUUUUGAAUGUUGUCUUUAUUUCUUGGACAUCAUAUAUUUAAUGCCUUAUUCAAUAAAGCUGCUGGCUUAACAUUGUCAAAAUCCAA